AUGUCUGAAUCAGAGCGGCCUAAAGUAGGCGUAGGCGUCAUCAUUCACGAUGGCGCUGGUAACAUCAUCAUGGGCGUGAGGACUGGAAGCCACGGUGCCGGAACCUUGCAAUGCCCCGGCGGGCAUCUCGAGUACGGCGAAUCGUUUGCCGAGACAGCAGCAAGGGAAAGCCUAGAGGAGACGGGCCUAGAGAUAGGCAAAAUUAAGUUUCUAGUAGCGACCAACGACGUUUUUGGCGAGGGAAAGCACUACGUGACCAUCUUUGUGACUGCAGAGAUCACGGGAGAAAACAAAGUCGCUCAAGCACUGGAACCGCACAAAUGCGCAAAGUGGGAGUGGGUGCCUUGGACCCAGAUGUGGCAAUGGGCAGGCGAGCAGGCCAGGGCUGAGAGCGAGGGACGAGAGGUCAAGAGGCAGAUGUUUCUGCCAUUGGUGAAUCUAUGGAGGGAGUAUCCAGAGAUGGAAAACGGGUUAGUUGGAAGGAAGGUGAUGGAAUGA